AUGGCUGAUAUAGAAAUUCCUGAAUAUUUUCUAUGUCCCAUAUCGCUACAAAUCCUGAAAGAUCCAGUAACAACAAUAACAGGCAUCACAUACGAGCGACAAAGCAUAGAACAAUGGUUGAAGACGGCCCAAGGAAACCCUACGUGUCCAGUAACAAAGCAGCCUUUGCCAGGAGAUUCUGAGUUGAUACCAAAUCACACAUUGAGGCGGCUAAUUCAAUCAUGGUGCACUCUGAAUGCCAUCGAUGGCAUCGAUCGAAUUCCCACUCCGAAAUCUCCUAUCAAGAAGAGCCAAGUCCUUAGACUCAUCAAGGAUCUUGAUGUCCCUGAUCACUCCUGUACUAAAGCAUUAAUGAAACUGGAAGCCCUGGCCGCAGAGAAUGAAAGGAAUAGGACUUGCAUGGUGGAAGCUGGCGUGGCAAAAGCUAUGGUUCUUUUCAUUAUAAAAUGUUUCAAAGAAGGAAAGACAACCGGCCUUGAAGAAGGUUUGAGAAUUCUUUAUCUUAUUUGGAACCAAUCACAAGAAAUCAAGCUUCUUGUCAGGGAGAACCAAGAAUUCAUCGAUUCAUUGACAUGGAUCUUACGUUGUAAGAUAGAUAAUCAUGUUGCUGUCAAGACUCACGCAAUGCUAGUAUUGCACAGAACAAUAUGCGUUGUUUGUCAAAAGCUAUUGGAGAGAUUAAAGGUUGAUUUCUUCAAAGAGAUCGUAACAAGGGUUCUUAGGAAGAGAAUCUCUGAACUAGCCAUAAAGUCAGCCUUGCUUGUCCUAACAGAAGUGUGUUUUGCGGGCAGAAACAGAAUGAAAAUUGUUGAAGCUAAUGCGGUUUUUGAGCUCAUUGAACUAGAGCUAGAGAAACCCGAGAGGAACAUCACAGAGCUCAUUUUUAAUCUUUUGGCUCAGUUGUGUUCAUGUGCAGCUGGGAGAGAACAGUUUCUAAAGCACGCAGGAAGCAUUGCCAUGCUUUCAAAGAGGGUCCUUAGGGUUUCUCCAGCAACAGAUGAUCGAGCAGUGCACAUUCUUGAUUUAAUCUCAAAAUUUUCUGCUGGAGACGAAGCUGUUCUAGAGAUGUUGAGAGUUGGUGCUGUGUCAAAACUCUGCAUGCUUAUUCAGGCAGACUGUGCUCCCUAUUUAAAAAAGAAAGCAAGAGGGAUCCUCAGGUUGCACUCCAAUACGUGGAACAAUUCUCCUUGCAUUGCCGUAUAUUUGUUAACAAGGUAUCCAUAA